AUGUUCUAUCCCGUGAUCCAGCACAUCCUUACCAACCUGACCGGCGGCGUCAGCCUACCUGUGGAGUAUCCUGUAGCAGCGAGCCAAAACACCAGCAGCGGCGAGCAGUUCGUGGUGGACUCCAUCGCCCACAGACUCCGGCGCUGUCCGCACCAGAAGUACGCUCUAUUCGGGUAUUCUCAAGGCGCAACCUUGAUUCUUAACGUGCUCCGCCAACUGAGUCCUCCGGCCCUUGAAUCAAUCAAAUUAGUCAUUCUUGUUGGCAACCCAUUCUAUAUGCCCGGGAAGAGUUCCAAUGUGAACGCUACUGCGCAGCACCACGAGAAAGCCUUAUUAGGGAUGUUUGCGGAGAAGGCUAUUGCCAGUAACAGGACGACUCAGCUCUUGAAGGAGAUGGACCAGAGUGGGAACGUGCUUGAUUAUUGUCUUGCAGUGAGUAUCAGUCGAUAUCCGUGUUUAUUUACUAGCUAA